GUGUCAGAAAAAUGGAUCUAUCAGUAUUAUCAUUUUCACACUUCCCUAUGAACUCUUCAUUCAUAUAUAAAUACACGCAAACACGCAUCAAAUUUGUAAUCUUCAUUUCCCCAAUUUUCUGCUCUGAUUAUAUAUUUAUAGAGAAAGAGAGAAAUGGAGAAAGCAACUGAGAGGCAGAGGAUUUUGCUUCAGCAUCUACGACCAUCGUUCACUAGUUCUUCUCUCGAAGAUGUCGAUUCUUCAAUUUCUGCAUCUAUAUGCUCAGCUGGGGACAGUGCAGCAUAUCAGAGGUCUUCUAUCUUUGGUGAUGACGUGGUUAUAGUGGCUGCCCACCGGACUGCUCUAUGCAAGUCGAAGAGGGGUGGCUUCAAAGAUACCUAUCCCGAUGAUUUACUUGCUCCUGUUCUGAGGGCACUGAUAGAAAAAACUAAUGUAAAUCCAAGUGAAGUUGGGGAUAUUGUUGUAGGCACGGUAUUGGCCCCGGGCUCACAAAGAGCUUCGGAAUGCAGAAUGGCUGCAUUUUAUGCUGGUUUCCCUGAAACUGUACCGGUUAGAACUGUGAAUAGGCAGUGUUCUUCCGGCCUUCAAGCUGUUGCUGAUGUAGCUGCAGCCAUCAAAGCUGGGUUUUACGAUAUUGGGAUUGGUGCUGGGAUAGAAUCAAUGACUACUAAUCCCAUGGCUUGGGAAGGAUCAGUCAAUCCACGAGUGAAAACAAUGGUGCAAGCGCAAGAUUGUCUUCUUCCAAUGGGUAUUACUUCAGAAAACGUUGCACAUCGUUUUGGUGUGACAAGGCAGGAGCAAGAUCAGGCUGCAGUAGACUCACAUAGGAAGGCAGCUUCUGCCACUGCUUCUGGAAAGUUUAAAGAUGAGAUCAUUCCUGUAAAAACUAAGAUCGUGGACCCGAAAUCUGGAGACGAGAAAGAAGUCACAAUAUCUGUUGAUGACGGUAUACGACCAAACACCACGGUGGCGGACUUGGGCAAGCUGAAACCUGUUUUUAAGAAAGAUGGCACAACCACUGCCGGGAACUCGAGCCAAGUAAGUGAUGGUGCUGGAGCCGUGCUUCUCAUGAAGAGAAGUGUCGCCUUGCAGAAGGGACUUCCCAUCCUCGGAGUAUUUAGGACCUUUGUUGCUGUUGGUGUAGACCCAGCUAUCAUGGGCGUUGGCCCUGCAGUCGCGAUUCCUGCUGCAGUCAAAUCUGCUGGUCUUGAACUCGAGGACAUUGACCUUUUCGAGAUAAAUGAGGCAUUCGCUUCUCAGUUUCUAUACUGCUGUAAUAAGCUCGGACUCGACCCCGAGAAGAUUAACGUGAAUGGAGGUGCGAUGGCUAUCGGACAUCCCCUCGGUGCAACAGGAGCUCGAUGUGUUGCUACCUUGUUGCAUGAGAUGAAGCGUCGAGGCAAAGAUUGUCGCUACGGUGUGGUGUCAAUGUGCAUAGGCACUGGAAUGGGGGCUGCUGCUGUUUUCGAAAGAGGUGACGCCUGCGACGAGCUCUGCAACACCCGUAAAGUCGAAGCUCAGAACUUUCUCUCGAAAGAUGCUAGAUGAAGAAUUGCAGUUUCUACAAUUGUGAUAACUAGAUUGUCUCUCGUGCGAUGCAUGGCUAAUAUGCUUAAAAGGAAACAACUAUUGGGAUGUAAUAAUGUAGAACUCAAACGUCAAGGGCUUUGCUCCCUUCACCACAUUUUUAUCUUUUAAUGCUUUAACAUGUUACAGUUAGAGGCUA